GGUUCUAUACGAGCGCAAACAACAAAUUUCAAGUGGAAAAGUUGCGCCUUUUUCAGGAGGACUAUAUGCUAAAUUCAAGUGAAAUGAAGAGAACGAAGGAGCACGUUAAGCGAUGCCGGGAGUACCAGCGCAGCUUGCGCGAACAAAUCGAUGAGCUGGACCACUUAAUGGACGACGACUUCUUUAAGAAUCCCAGGCGCUGUUGGGCCCUACUUCAGAAGGAGCAUCAGGAGCAAUACUCGCAAAACGCUGAGCCGGCAGUCCAGUCUAGGAAGCUGCUUCUACAUGAAGGUGGCCUAGAACCGAGCCAUGGGAGGAGCCAGAAGCUUAGUGGGACCAUUUGGCGACUGCUUCAUCCCGAUCGCCCUAGCAGAGAAAAUGGAAGUCGAGCCGCAUCUCCGGUAGUUAAGCUUCGCCCUGAACUGCCUGCUAAAGGGUCAGACCCCCUUUCGGCUCUUACGCCGCGUCCAUCGCCAUUUCAUCCAAAAUGCGACUGCGACUGCGACUGCGCCAACGCCCUUGAGAGCGAAGAUUGUGGAUCGGUGUUAGAGGUGUAUCCGCACCCUAAAAGGUCUUCUAGAAGGAAGAGGAUCGCUAUUUAACGUAGAAUCAGAGUCCAGUUCUCAUUCUGCUCUCCUUAUUAUGUUAUGUAUAAGUUAAUAAUAUGGCGGUAGGCUCUUUUGUCGUGGCUCAAACAAGGCACGGCCCAGGCCCAGGCUGACGCUUAUUAAAUGAUUGAAGCCUUUCUG